AACCUUUUAUUUCUAUUAGAAAAGGAUUACCAUCAGUCUUGCCUUCUCUCAAUUCUCUCUCCAUGUCCUCAAAUUCAAAUCUGCAUAUUUCAUCUCAGGAAGCUGAUCUCAUGUCUAGAUCUGUUAAGCGAAUCAAAGGGACGAAUCAUUCACCAAUUUCUGAAGAUUUUCAAAUGGUGGAAGAGCUGCAACCACCACUCUCGUACAGGGACUCAGUUAUCUGGCACAAACCAAUUGUGAUCAGUCAUGAUACACUGAUCAAUUUGGAAUUAUUGGAGGAGGAAUCUGAUACUGAAGAUGACGGAUCCAUCCCUACAAUCCUAAUCUCAAAAGAGGAAAAGAAACGCAUUCGCACGCCAUGGAUUAAUUCCAUUAUAAUUAAGGCUUUUGGUACCGAGUCAGCUGGUUACAAUUUCAUUUACCCCAGGAUUAAAGCGCAAUGGAAACCAAGGGGCCGAAUGGAUUGUAUCGACUUGGGCUAUGACUUUUUCCUCAUUAGAUUUCAAGAAAGAGAUGACCUCUUGCGGGUCAUCAAUGGAGGUCCCUGGUUCGUCGGACCUUAUUACUUAACUAUUUGCCAAUGGGAACCGGCCUUCAAUCCUGAGAAAGCAGCUUUUACUACUACUGCGAUUUGGGCUCGAUUACCUCGACUUCCUAUUGAAUAUUAUGAUGUAAAAAUUUUGGAACGAAUUGGGAAGCUUUUAGGAACUCCAUUACGUAUAGAUGCUCAUACGGCCUCCCAAUCCAGGGGGCAAUAUGCUAGAAUUUGCAUUCAAGUUGAUUUGGAUGAGCCAUUGGUUCCUUAUGUUAGAAUUGGUACUCACGUCCAAAAAGUCUUAUAUGAGGGCCCAGUUGCCCUUUGUUUUUCGUGUGGUUGCGUCGAGCACAAAGAGACUUCAGGCCCAUUAAAGGUUUCCCCUGUGUCUAAUACCAUGGAGGAGGAUCUCCCAUAACCUUCAUUAACGCCUAUGGUUGUUAUAGAUGAUGUGUCGACUGAUCAACAGUCCUUUGGUCCUUGGAUGCUUGUGGAAAGAAAGAGAAAUCGGAAGAAGAAUGGCAAUAAAGCUAAUUCUAACUC